AUGGGCUUGUAUGCGGAGUCGUGGCUCACGGAGCUGUUGGUAGCCCUGUCGCUGGUGACAGUGGCUGUGUACGCGUGGUUCUCCAAUUCGUACAAGUACUGGCAGAAAAAGGGAGCGCCCUACCUGGAACCACAGUUUCCUUUUGGCAAUAUCUACAAGAGUUUUGUGGGCAAGCAGCCCAUGCCCAUGGAUGUCACUGACGCAUACCGGCAGCUCAAAGGUGGUUUGGGUCCACUGACGCACCGCUACCUGCUAGCCCUGACCGCUGCCCAUCACCCCACACUCUGCUCUUUUUCCUUCUGUAUCGACAAGGUGAAUGCUGCCAUGUGGCAGGGCGCAGGCAAACGUUUCGGCGGGAUUUACUUCUUCAACCGACCGAGUCUGGUGAUACUGGAUCCCGAUCUGAUCCGCACUAUCCUCGUCAAGGAUUUCUGGUCCUUCCAGGACAGGGGGUUCAAGUUCGAUGACGCUGAUCCUCUGACCAAACACCUUUUCCUGCUGGGUGGCAACAAGUGGCGAAGGUUGCGCGUGAAGCUGUCGCCAACGUUCACGUCGGGGAAAAUGAAGAUGAUGUUCCAGACUAUCUUGGACUGCGGUCGAGAGCUGUCAGACGUGCUGGAGGAGCCGGCUUCACGAGGGGAGGUGAUGGAGAUGCGCGAGGUGGGGGCCCGCUACACCACGGACAUCAUCGCAUCCGUAGUCUUCGGCAUUGAGGUCAACUGCCAGCGCAACCCAGACGCCGACUUCCGCCAGUGGGGACGGAGGAUCUUCGAGAACAACAUGACGCGGACGAUCUACGAAGUCUUACGCACUAUUAAUCCCGAACUGGUGAAGCCGUUACGGUGGGUAUUCAUGGGUGAAAGUGAAGUCUCGAAGUACUUCCGCAAGAUGGUGAGCGACACAGUUGCGUACAGGGAGGAGAACAACGUGACGCGGAACGACUUCAUGCACCUGCUGAUCCAGCUGAAGAACAAGGGCAAAAUAACUUUAUCGAUCGACGACGUCGCUGCCCAGGCGUUUGUGUUCUUCGCCGCGGGAUUCGAGACGUCAUCAACCACUAUGAGCUUCGCCCUGCACGAACUGGCCCACCAUCCGGGUAUCCAGACACGUCUUCAGGAGGAAAUCGAUACGGUUCUCAUACAAAACAAUGGACAAAUAACCUAUGAUGCGGUCAACAGUAUGCAGUACCUUGACAAAGUAGUUGCAGAGACGCUGAGGAAAUAUCCACCAGUUGCCGCACUUAACAGGGAGAGUAAUGUUGAGUACAAGAUUCCCGACAGUGAUGUCGUCCUGGACAAAUUGACUCCAAUACUGAUCCCCGUGUACGGCCUGCAACAUGACCCAGAGUACUUCCCGGACCCGGAGCGCUUCGACCCCGAGAGGUUCUCUGAGGAGCAAAAGGCGCAGAGGCACCCCUACGUCUACCUGCCGUUCGGAGAGGGGCCUCGCAUCUGCAUAGGAAUGAGAUUUGGGCUACUGCAGACGAAAGUGGGGCUCAUACAUAUACUCUCAAAAUACAACAUCGAACCGUGCGAGAAGACCGUCCGCCAUCUGUCAUUCGAGCCGAGGGCGUUUGUCCUCACACCAACAGGCGGCAUCCAGUUGAGGCUGAGCAAGAGAAACAAAGCGUAG